AUGGCAGCUUCGAUCGCCUGUGUCCCGUCGCUUGAGACAGCGCGCGAGGUCAUCUCCAAGUCGAGAAACGCCCAAUUCGCCCCGAACCUCCUGCCUGUGACUGCUUCAAUCCCUGCGGACCUUUUGACGCCGACAUUAGCAUAUCUCAAAAUCGCGGAGAAGUCGCGUUUGUCCUUUUUAUACGAGAGUGCGGCGACUACGGAGACUAUUGGAAGAUACAGUUUCGUUGGCGCAGACCCUAGAAAGACCAUCAAGACAGGUUCCGGUCAUGGCCCCGAGACCGAUCCCUUGCCUAUCCUUGAGGAGGAACUCUCCCAAUUCCGCGUUGCUACACCCAAGACCGCACGGCCCGUCAAGGAUGUUUUGGGUGUGCCAGAGUCCAUGUUCAUGCUCUUCGACACCAUUGUUGCCUUUGACCACUUCUUCCAGGUCGUCAAGGUCAUCACCUAUGUCCCGAUCCCGGGCAACGGUGCCGAUAUCGAAGCCGAAUACCAGAAGGGUCAGCAGAUUAUUCAGAAGACGAUCGAUACACUCCUUCAGGACCGCACACCACUGCCUCCUCAAGGUCCUAUCAUCCAGAACCAGGAGUACACCUCAAACAUCGGUCAGGAGGGUUACGAGAAUCAUGUCAAGAAGCUGAAGGAGCACAUUGGCAAGGGCGAUAUCUUCCAAACCGUCCCUUCACAACGGCUGUCUCGGCCCACUUCUCUCCACCCGUACAAUCUCUUUCGCCACCUUCGCACCGUCAACCCUUCCCCUUAUCUGUUUUAUAUCGAUUGCGAAGACUUCCAGCUCGUGGGCGCCAGUCCCGAGCUCCUCGUAAAGGAAGAGCGGGGCCGCAUCAUCACCCACCCUAUCGCUGGAACAGUGAAGCGUGGUAAGACCCUGGAAGAGGAUACAGCGCUUGCCGACGAGCUCCGCAGCAGUCUCAAGGAUCGCGCCGAGCACGUCAUGCUGGUCGACCUGGCCCGUAACGACGUGAACCGUGUUUGUGACCCGAUCACCACGCAAGUCGACCGGUUGAUGGUUGUGGAGAAGUUCUCACACGUGCAGCACCUUGUCUCACAAGUUUCUGGUGUUCUUCGACCGGGUAAGACACGCUUCGACGCCUUCCGAUCCAUCUUCCCCGCCGGUACCGUCUCCGGCGCUCCCAAGAUUCGCGCGAUGCAGCUUAUCGCUGAGCUUGAGGGUGAGAAGCGUGGUGUCUAUGCUGGUGCCGUCGGGUACUUUGGGUACAACAUUGCCAACGGCGAUGGAUCAAGCGAGGAGCCCGGUGCCAUGGAUACAUGCAUUGCGCUGCGGACGAUGCUAGUCAAGGACGGCGUUGCCUACCUGCAGGCUGGUGGCGGUAUUGUCUUUGACUCGGACCCUUACGACGAGUAUAUGGAGACGAUUAACAAGCUCGGCGCAAACAUUGCCUGUAUCCGUGGAGCGGAGGCAAAGUACCUAAGCCUGGAAAAUGGGUCUCACUGA